UAAUUAACAAUUAAUAAAAUAUUUAUUUUUAUUUUAUAUAAUAAAAAUUAAUUGAAAAAUGCAUUCUUCAAUUUUCUAGUGAGUUUAAUACAUAUUAUUCGUUUUAAAAUAAUUAAAAAAAUAAACAAUUAUCCGCAAAGAAUGGCGCGUGCAUUCCAAAUUAGCCAGUACAAAGACCGACAGAAUAUCGACAACAGUGCAGUCGGCGACUCGAAAUCCGGCGAGUCGGUGAAGAGAGUGCGGUUAGGUAAGGGACCAGAUCAUCGGAUCAGGUGGUUUGUGAUCGAUGACCGAGUAACAGAUAGUGCUACUGGGGGAUGCUGGUGUGCUGGUGAUUAGAACGUAGUGACACGCUGUGCUUUGUAGAAACGCGCACCGGUCUCAAAAUGCAUGCAUCAAUUCACGCACUUAUGGUGGUGAUCGACCGCGAUGGACGACGACGAUGAGUUCUACGACACGAUCUCGAUAGCGUCGCGACGGACGGGGCCCGGCGGUGGCCGCAACUACCUGAGCCUGUCGAGGAACACCGUCUAUCACUCGGCAGUUGAUCUGGACGGCAUGGAACUCGCACCGCUCGACAGGAACGGUCCCUCGGGAUCGAAACGAAAUGAUAAGGUCUAUAAAGAUAGGGAUGUUAAAACUUAUGCGCAGUGGAGAGACCGGAGGUGGAGGAGUUUUACAUCGAAAGAUGUGGAUGUGGACUUCGUGUUGGCCUACGAUGAACAGGGCAAAAGCGAAGACGAGGAGAAGCGAAGGAUUUUCGAACAGAACUUAGAAACAGUGGGUCUUUUAUUGGAAAGGGAAGAAAAUCAAAGGAUACACUUCGUGAAAAUCCACGUCCCCAAAGAAGUGCUGUGUCAGUACGCCGAAAUACUUAAACUACGAUUACCUAUUAUCGAUGAUGAUGUGGAAGAACUGCCGGAGAACAUUAUAUCGUCGUCGUUCUCGAAAAUAAUGCAAUGUUUAGGUAUAUCCUUGGAUCCCGAAAAAUUUCCACAAAAGAAAUACCAACUAACCGCCGAAUUUAGUCGGGACAAAAACUAUCUAUUUGACACUGAUUCCCCGGAUUUUUUCGAUACAUCCGUCCGAACAACUGUAGCAUCCUACAUAUUGGAACGGGAACGUUUCGGAAACGAGGAUCAGGAUAAAGGAGUUAAAAGGCUGAUUUCGGAAGGCGUUUACAAGGCAGCAUAUCCUUUACACGAUGGUGAUUUACACACGGAAGGCUCAAAACGGAAUCUAUUAUUAAGAGAAUGGGCGUGGACGAAAAACUGCAUAAAAUUCCAACCCAUCGACGAAAUUAAAGAAUAUUUUGGUGUAAAAUUCGCACUAUACUUCGCCUGGCUGGGUUUCUAUACGCACAUGUUGAUCCCUGCCUCAUUCGUCGGCAUUUUGUGUCUGAUUUAUGCCGUCCUUACGCUUAAAACAGACGACAUUUCCCAAGACAUUUGUAACUCCGACGUACUCAUGUGCCCCAGAUGCGACAAAUACUGCGACUACUGGAAACUGAGCGAGGGCUGCACGUACGCGAAAAUACAGCACAUUAUAGAUAAUCCUUCGACGAUUUUCUUCGCGAUAUUCAUGUCGUUUUGGGCGACUUUAUACUUGGAACUGUGGAAGCGCUACAGUGCCGAGAUUACCCACAAGUGGGGUCUGACAGGUUUCGACCUCCAGGCAGAGCCGCCACGUCCGGAAUAUCUAUCCAAACUCUCUAAUGCGAAAAAGAAGAAAUUGAACGUGGUGACGCAGUUGCAGGAGCCGGUGGUGCCUUUUUGGAGGGUGAAACUGCCUUCCAUCAUACUCAGUUUUACGGUCGCCCUUCUUUGGAUAUGCUUAGCUUUGGCUGUCGUGUUCGCUAUUGUGUUGUACAGAAUGUCGAUGUUCGCGACCGAAGCUUUUGUGAAGAACAAACAUACUUACCAAGAGUAUCAGACUUAUUUGGUAUAUGUGGUGCCUAUAACAACUGGUUUAAUAAAUUUAGUGUGCAUUUUGGUGAUGAAUGUGAUAUAUGACAGAUUAGCCAGAUGGUUGACUGAGAUUGAACUACAAAGGACUCAAACCGAGUACGACGAUAGUUUAGCGCUCAAGAUUUAUAUGUUCCAAUUCGUGAAUUAUUACUCAUCUAUUUUUUAUAUAGCGUUCUUCAAAGGUAAAUUUGUUGGUUAUCCUGCUAAGUAUAACAGGAUUUUUGGAUACAGACAAGAAGAAUGUAACCCUGGUGGAUGUCUGAUGGAAUUAACAAUACAACUAACAAUUAUAAUGAUAGGUAACCAGGCGUUAAACGCUAUAAUAGAAAUGGUAUUCCCGUUACUGAUGAAGAUGUACUCAACUUUCAAAGUUACUACAGGCAUUGCCAAAGGAGAUAGCAAUGAGGAGAUUAUUAUUAGUUGCAACCAAUGGACUGAGGACUAUAAAUUGUCCGCUCUCGAAUCUCAAAGCCUUUUCAGCGAAUAUUUAGAGAUGGUUCUUCAGUACGGUUUCGUUACUAUCUUUGUAACUGCUUUCCCGCUGGCGCCACUUUUUGCUCUCAUCAACAACGUUUUGGAAAUGCGUUUGGAUGCCACAAAAUUCAUAAAAUAUUUCCGACGGCCCGUUCCCCAACGUGUCUCCAACAUCGGCGUUUGGUUCCCCAUUAUGGCGUUCAUUGGGCGCGUCUCCGUGGUUUCCAACGCAUUUAUUAUAGCCUUUUCCUCGCAUUUUAUACCGAGAUUAGUGUACAUGUUGAAAGUCAGUGCAGAUCACACCGACACUGGCUUUUUGGAACACAGUCUGGCUUAUUUUAAUACAUCAGAUUUUGUGCCGGGAAACGAACCCAUAGAGUCUCUAUAUGGGAACGUUACCAUUUGUAGAUAUGCAGAAUAUAGAAAUCCGCCAGACCACGAAAUGAAAUAUAAAAGACCAUUGAUAUAUUGGCACAUAUUAGCUGCUCGUUUAGCUUUUAUUGUUGUAUACCAGAAUUUGGUUAGCUUCGUUAUCACAGCAGUUGAAUGGACUAUACCAGAUGUUAGCAGAAAGCUAAACGACAAGAUUAAACGAGAGGCGUACAGAACCAACGAAACUAUCAUUAAACAUGAAACUGAACGUGCUAAACAGAAGUCAAAACCAUAUAAUCCACGGGACUCGAUCAUUUCUAGUGGUACAAUUUAUUAUGACACAAACAACGGAGAGGUGAAUGGAACAGGAGAUCACAGCCACAGCAAUCGCAGCACAACGUAUUUCGAUACGGAUGAAUACGAAUAACAUUAACUGAAACUCAUAGCUAAUCUGUAUAUAACUGUUAUAUAUUUAUAAUUCGUGUGCUUGAAAACGGAGGCCUUGUUCUUGCCUUAUAAAACGGCUUAAGAUACUUACUCGAAGGAUUAAAUUUCGUGUAUAUUUUAUUACGGGUAGCAAAGAUAUUUAUAUACGUGUAUAUAUGCAAGUUGAUGAUUAGAGAUAUUUAUUGUAGAAUCUCACGCAAACUUAUUAAGUGGGUGCUAGAAUUUUAUUUAUCGUGUACUACUGAUAUAUUUAUUCUAACAUGUGAUAAAUAUAAUUGUUUUAUGCUGGACACUCAAAUUAUUAUAUAAAACUAUUGCCAAAACUGUUACUAUUAGGUGCUAAGUAUUGUAAUUACAUCACUGACCAAUAUUAAGUAGUACAGACAGUAAUUUUAUAUUUUCAUUUUAAGAAUAUGUCACUUGGAAGGUUUUAUUAAUUAGACACAUCACAAUUGAUAGACAUUUACCAGACUUUAGAUUCUUUGUGAACAAUUAAUUUAACAAUAAGUUAUAUAAGUAACUAAUUUUUGUAAUUAUUUCAAUACGAAAACUAGUAACUACAUAUCUACUAGAAUCCAAGUUUGUUUAACUCCCAUUCCAAGUAUUGUAAUUGUCACAAUUUUUUAUGCUUUUAAAUAAACUUACAAAAUUA